AUGCUCACAUGGCGUGAGAUAUACUGCCACUCGGACGCUAGCCCAGGCCAAAAAUUCGCUGGCACAGUCGCCAACUUAUUAUCCGAGUCUGCCUUCAAGCCCCAUGGUGAAGUCUUCGGCAUGGCGCAUGCGGACCGUGGGUCGAUGUGGGCUGAGUGUGUCGUACUAGAGAGUGAGAUUGAGCUGAAGCCGAGCACGUUGACUUGGGAGGAAGCGACUGCUUGGCCGCUUAGUGCGCAAGCCGCAUUUGAGGCGCCUGGGCAUGCUGGUGUUCUUCUACCUGAUGAUUCUGACAGGAAGGUGCUACGAGGGCAAGAUGCCAUGAUCGCAUCUGAUGACGACUGGAAACAGAUCGAAGACAUGGCCACGCGGAUUUAA